GAAGCUGUUUUGUUUAUACGCGGUUACAUCCUGUUGGUCUCAGCGUUAAACUCUGCGUUCAUCGCGUUUCUGGGAGCUUUGAUCCCACUGGGCGGACUGGUUCCACGGAGGAGACGCUGGGAGUCCCGCGGGUCGCAGGUAGCAUUAGCAGGUCGCGUUAGCAUGUAGCAUUAGCAUGUAGCAUUAGCCUGGAGCGAUGACCGAGGACAGAGUUCUACUUUGACUCAAACCGGAGAUCCGCUGCUCGUCACGUCGAGUGAGACCAUGAACCCGGGGGAGAACGGCCCCGGGUCCGACCCGAACGGCCCCGUCCCCGGGUCCGACCCGAACGAGCACGACUACGCUCACUCCGUGGACAGCGGCUCAGCUCCCGCCGAGGCGCCCUCCUUCCCCGGGACGUCAGCGGAGGACAGCGGAGUCCCUGCGGGGGAAGGCUUCCCUGCCCCGGCUGAGCAGCAGCAGAUCACCCCGGUGCAGGCUGCCUCUCUGCCGGUGGAGCUGCCCGAGCCGGCCGUGGGUGCGGAGGUGGACUGCCCCGUGGGGAACUACGUGGAGGCGACCUCCCUCCUGACCCAGGCCGGCUCUCCCACCCCGCAGCGGGGCCGCCGGAGGAUGAUCGGCCCGGAGGACGGCCACUGCUCCUGCUGCAAGUCGCAGUUCGAGCGCCACGGCCGCAGCUUCAACCGCCGGGCCGUGCACACCUUCACCUCCCCGGACACCGUGACCUGGGUGUUCCCGGACACGGUGGUGCAGGACCGGUCCUUCCUCUGCGAGACGUGUGCACAGGUCAUCCGGAGCAAGUGCAAACGCAAACAGGUCGGGAAGCGGUCAGUGUGGCUGAGACCACCGGACACCAAACAGCAGCCAGACGGGAGGGACAAGAAGAAGAAGGGCCGCCGGAUGGGCAAGAAGAGCAAAGCGGCGGCGCUGGUGAGCAAGUCCUGCUACAAGGCGGCGUUCAAAAUGCUCUGGUCGGCUAAAGGCGCCCGGAAGCCCAUGAUGGACUUCUGGUGCAAACAGCUGAAAGAGGAGAUGAAGUUGCUGUCGCGGCAGACAGGAAGUCCCUUCCAUCAGAAGGUGACGAGCAGGAAGCCGCUGACCUCCUUCCCCUGGCGCCGGUGUCUGAACUGGGCUCAGGAGAAAGCUCCUCUCGUCACCACCUGCCUGCGCUCGCUGUUCCCCGACCUCAACGCCCUCGCCAAGAGCAGCCACCUGCUGUCGGAGGAGCAGGCGCAGACGCUUCUGGAGCGCCGGGCCGUGGUGGCGCUCUCCAUCCCACUUUUCACUCGGAACAUCUGGAAGAACAACUUCAUGCAGGCGGCUCUGGGGGCGGAGCUCCGUCUGCAGGGCUGCUCGGGCGCCGCGCUCGACGCCCUGAACACGAUGGGACUGUGUCAGAACAAGGACACGGUCCGGCUGCUGCUGCACCGGCUGCGGAACGGCAAGAAGACGUCAACACAAAAUGGACGACAAAGGGCAAGGUUGAUGCAAGAGCAGUUGAAAGGUGAACAGAUGUCCGAUGUGGAGGAUGACGAUAUCGAAGAGGAGGAGGAAGAGGAGGAGGAGGAAGAAGAGGAUGAUGAUGAUGAUGAGGAGGAGGAGGAGGAAGAAGAAGUGGAAGAGGAGGCGGAACUAGAAUUGGCAGUGGAGCAGACAGAGGUGCCGGAUGGAGUGCCACAGGAAGAGGAGGAGGAGGAUCAAGCAGCAGAGGAAAAAGAGGAGAAGAAGAGGAAGAGGAGGAAGAAGGCGAAGAAGCAGAGGAAGGAAGAGAAAAGGAAGGAGAGAGGCAAACGAAAGGCGAAGCAGAGAGAGGAAGAGGAGGAGGAUGAUGAUGAGGAGUCGGAUGAAGAUGAGGAGUCGGAGCAGAAGAAGAGGAGGGUGGUGGUGGUGAGGCUCGGCCUGCUGAAGGGACAUUCAGAGGUCGGACGAUCCGACCUAUCAGCUCCCUAAGACUUUGUAGGCCCCACCCAUGAACUCAACAUGCCACACCCACAACCAGACAGAACAAGAGGCUCCGCCCUCACCUCUAUUCAUUUUAUCAUUAAAUCGCUUCUUUGUUUCAUCGUUAAAUUUAACUCAAUAUUACAAAACAGCCUCAAAAUUAUGAUUCAGUGUUUUGACUCUUGGCCUGAACAGCUCGAUAGAUUAUAAUAAAUUAAUUAUUAUAUUAUUAUUAUUAUAAAUUAUAAUAAUAACAUAAUGCUUUGGUUUAAAUAAACGAUGGUUUCAUAACAUUUUGUUCAACUAUUUGUAAACUCGAUAAAUUAUCACUUUGUAUCAUUUGCUUGUUUCCUAAAAGCAGUAUUUUAAUUUCCAAUAAUGUUUCCUGGUUGUGUUUUUCUUUGAUUUAUCGUCAUGGAGACUGAAAUCACUUUCAAUAAAACCACCAGCCACUGAUGAGUCUGUAAAUGUUCAAAUAUCUGUUGGUGAACUUCCAGAUGUUUCUCCAGCUGCCGGGUGAUUCAAGUUAUGGGGAAGUAAAAAACUUGUUUUGUUUUCAAAUCCUUAUUCAGGUGGAUUUUCUUUUUUAUACGACCGAUGAGAGCAGCUCUCUCAGUUCAGAGUUUGAUGAAGGAGCAGAAACUGUUUUCUGGUGGAUUCUGAACACUGGAAGCCUCAGACUGUUUGUGAUCACAAUCUGAAGUUGUGUGUUUCUUGUUUGAAAAGUUUCUGAGCUGAGUUAACGACCUGGGAUUUCUACUUUUAUUUUUAUCUUUACUGUUCGUGAACUGAACAGAUUCAAAGCUUCCGAACCAGAUUGAAUCCGACUGUAAAUAAAGAUGGACGACAUGUCAGAUCCCCACAAGUCAAGCCAAAGCGUCUGGAUCCACGGCAGCACAGGUCAUAAACCCCGCCUCCUCCAUUUCAGCGGAUGGGACACGGAUCAACAUUCUAACAAGUCAAUGUACACGUUGAAUAAAAUUUUCUGAAAUGUG